CGCGCGCCCAAAGCAGCUGAGAGAGCACUGCCUCAGACAUGAGUUUCACGCGCUUUCAAGACUUCAAUUCAUUUAAAUUCGAAUAAUUUAUCUUGAUAUUCAUCUUUAAUCCUGGGACUUGUGAGGCUAUUCUAUUGGAAGCUUCAGUAUAUUGUUUCCCAAAUUUUAUCCAGACCAUUUUAAGGGAAAACACUCACAACACUCGCACCUGCGCGCGAGACUGCUCUUCACUGGAGUUCGGGACGCUUGUUUCCAUUAUAUGGGACUUACCUCGCCGGAUCUGAUACUCUGAACUGUAUGCAAGUGUGUUCUUGUCAAAGGGAUCUCUAUUGAACAAUAACAUUAAGUGUUUUUUUCUCAACUGGACGGAAGGGCGCACGCUGUUAUACGGAGUUUAAGCUGCUUCACGAGUCACUUGGAGUGAGUGAUACUGUAGAGAACCGACACCUUCUCUGAACACACUGAAUGAAUAUGACUCCGAGAGAAAGCGCGGCUUUCAUACUCGUGCUUUUUCACUGCUUGACUCCAGCAAAUGGGAUGGUGUUAGACCCACAGCUGCAUCCUUCCAAAGACACACACCUGCAGCAUGCUGGAGGAUCCCUCAUACUCAUCUGCAGGGGGUCUACGCAGCUGCAUUGGAAGCUUGCCAGUAGGAAACUGAGCUCUGAAGGGGUCCUAGUUGAACAGUGUGAGCUAACUACAAACUGCAGCAAGCUGGUGAUACACAACCUGAAGUACACAGACACAGGAUACUACACUUGCAGUCAUAACAAUUCCAGAAAACACAAGAGUUCAACAUAUGUCUUUGUCAAAGAUCAUCGUCAUCCAUUCCUGGGGACCUCCAGGGAACAAAUCCUUUAUACACACCCACAUGAAACAAUUCUGGAAAUCCCUUGCAGGACAACAUCUCCUACACAAGAUGUUACUUUGGAAACAUUUCCCCGCAUGAACGACUCUGCCAAAGCACAUGUGUCAUGGGAUCCAAAAGUGGGUUUUAGGAUUCCACUGGGUCCUUAUCAGAGCUACGACAUAAUCACAUGUGCCACCAGUGUGAAGGGCGAACAAGUCAAAACAAGCUUCAUCAUACUACGUCGUAGCAGUGUUCUGGAAAAUGUACGGAUCACUCCUGAGCAUUCGAAAGUCUUGGUUGGAGAUACCCUGACACUCACCUGUUCAGCAAACACCACAUUCAAUGGCAGGAUUCAAUUUCAUUGGCAAUUCCAAAACAGCCCAAUCAGUAGAACUCACAACACUAACGUGAGAAGGAGUGACCCUAACGAGGUCAUUGUCAUGAGCAGCAAACUAAUUAUACCCAGUGUGACUGUGGAGGACAGUGGCAUUUACAUCUGCACAGCAACACUAGAUGACUCUAAGAAACAUGCUUCAGUCACGAUCAUUGUACAUGAGCAUCCGUUCCUCACUGUGACCCAUGGAACACAUACGGAUGACACUGUUGUAGAAAGUAAAAGGUACAAGAAUGGCUUCCCCAUCAACGCCUCUUUAUGCUAUGAGGUAAUGGGCUAUGACCACAUCAUCAAGGAGGUGAAAGAAAAGGAAGAAGGGGUCUUUGCAUUUGCUUUCUCCAGCCAGAAGAAUCAGCUUCACAGGAACAUAAGUUGCACAUUUUCUGUCAAAGGGAUGGUGUUAACCCCACAGCUGCAUCCUCCCAACGACACACACCUGCAGCAUGCUGGAGGAUCCCUCGUACUCAUCUGCAGGGGGUCUACCCAAGUGCAGUGGAGUCUUGCCAGUAGGACUCUAAGCUCUGAAGGGGUCCAAGUUGAACCGUGUGAGCUAACACCAAAUUGCAGCAAGCUGGUGAUACACAACCUGAAGUACACAGACACAGGAUACUACACUUGCAGUCAUAACAAUUCCAGCGAACAGAAGAGUUCAACGUAUGUUUUUGUCAGAGAUCAUCAGCAUCCAUUCCUGGAGACCUUCGAGGAGAAGAUCCUGUUUGCAUACAGGGAGGAAAAAAAAUUGUCAAUCCCUUGCAGGACAACAUCUCCUAAUCAAAAUGUUACUUUGGAAACAAUUCCUCCCAUGAAACACACUGUCAAAGCACGCAUGUCAUGGGACCCAAAAGAGGGUUUUAGGAUUCCACUGGGUCCCUAUAAGUACUACGACAUAAUCAAAUGUAUCACCAGUGUGGAUGGAACAGAGGUCACAUCAAGCUUCAUCUUUUUACGUCGUACCAAUGUUCUGAAUAAUGUACGCAUUGCUCCUGAACAUCCAAGAGUCCUGGUUGGAAACACACUGAACCUCACCUGCUCAGCAGACACCACAUUCAAUGGCAGGAUUACAUUUGAUUGGGAAUUCCCAAACAACCCUAUCAAUUGGACUCGUAGACCUCAUGUAAGCAGGAGUGACCCCGACAGAAUCAUUGUAAUGAACAGCGAACUUAAUAUACCCAAUGUGACUCUGAAAGACAAUGGGAUUUACAAUUGCACAGCAACAUUAGAUGGCGCUAAGAAGCAUGCUUCAAUCAAGGUCAUUGUACAUGAGCAUCCGUUCCUCAAUGUGACCCCUGGAACACAUACUGUUGUCACUGUUGAAGAAGGUAAAAGGUGGGACUUCAAACCACAGGUCAAUGCUCUGCCUGCACCAGACAAAAUAGUGUGGUACAAGGAUGGAAACCCCAUCAAUGCCUCAUUAUGCUGUAAGGUAAAGGGCUAUGACCUCAUCAUUAAGGAGGUGAAAGAAAAAGAUGCAGGGGUCUUUACCAUUACUUUAUCCAACCAGAAGAAUGGACUUCACAGGAACAUCAGCUACACACUUUUUGUCAAAGUGAAACCCAGAAUAUUUGAAGAAGAGGUGGCUCCUGUAGGCACCCAGACUUACAGGCUAGGCCAGGAGCACCAGCUUACCUGUACUGUCUUUGGAUUCCCAAAGCCCAAUAUCACAUGGUUGUGGCAGCCCUGUGACCCUGAUCAAAAGCUCACACGGUGCAAAUUAUAUAGGGAUCCAAUAACUGUCAAAAACAGUACCAAAUAUUCACAUCCAGCAAACGUGAUUAUGGAUGUGUCCAAUGAGCUUAAGGAGAUAAAUGGCAGAAACAAGAUAAUAAGUUCCCUGGUUGUGAUAGCUAACGUGUCAGGAGUUUAUACUUGCAAAGCCAGCAAUGAGAUUGGAGAGAGGACAAUGAUGACUCAUUUCUAUGUGAAUGACCACCCCCAGUCUUUUGAGGUCAAACCCUUGACAGCUACUGAAGGAGAUGAUGUCACGCUGAUUUGCCAGGGCACACGGUUCCUCUAUGAUAGGCUGAGCUGGCAUGAUUCACAGGGUCACCUGGUUCAGGGUGACAGCUCCAUCCAGAUCAGUCCUUAUUCUGUCUCCCUAUCACUCAGACUGAAGAAUGUUUCUAGAAACCACACAAAUGACUAUGUGUGCAGAGCAACCAACCUCAACACGAAAACUGAGGUCAAUACAACGUCUAACUUAAUCAUUGAUGAGAAGAGUGUUCCCUGGUUGAUACAGAACUUGACCAGUCAGGAUGUGAACAGCAGCAGCACUCUGACCCUAGCAUGUCUGGCCCAUGGUGUGCCACCUCCAUUUAUUACAUGGUACAAGGACAAGAUUCCAAUCACAGAAGGACCAGGAAUUACUCUGAAGGACAAUGGGAUCCUGAUCAUCCAAAGGGUGAAGAAAGAGGAUGAGGGCUUGUAUGAGUGUCAGGCCAGUAAUGCAAAAGGUCUGGCAACCUCUAGUGCAGUCAUAACUGUACUGGGCGAUGAAGGCAAGCCAAAUAUCGAGGUGAUCAUCCUUGUGUGCACGGGAGCUGCUGCCACCUUCCUUUGGAUCAUGCUCAUUCUCUUCAUACGCAAGCUUAGAAAGCCAAGUUCUGCAGAUCUAAAGACGGGCUACCUGUCCAUCAUCAUGGAUCCUGACCAGAUGCCUCUUAAUGAACAGUGGGAUCGUUUACCUUAUGACAGCAGCAAAUGGGAGUUCCCUAGAGACCGUCUCCGACUAGGUAAAACUCUCGGCCAUGGUGCUUUUGGAAAAGUUGUAGAGGCUUCUGCAUUCGGCAUAGACAAGCUCUCCACAUGCAAAACAGUUGCUGUUAAAAUGCUGAAAGGAGGAGCUACAAACAGUGAAUGCAGAGCUCUUAUGUCUGAACUGAAGAUACUGAUUCAUAUUGGCCACCAUCUCAAUGUUGUCAAUCUACUGGGAGCCUGCACUAAGCAAGGAGGCCCACUGAUGAUCAUUGUGGAGUACUGCAAGUAUGGCAACCUUUCUAAUUAUUUGAGGAGCAAGAGAGGAGACUUUGUGGUUUAUAAAUCUCAGGAUGGCAAAGCACUGCUGCAAAGUUCAGGGUGUGAACUUAGUGAGCUCCUCAAGCGUCGACUGGAGAGUGUGGCUAGUACGGGAAGCUCAGCCAGCUCAGGCUUCAUUGAAGAUAAGAGCUACUGCGACUCAGAGGAAGAAGAGGAAGAGUCUGAAGACUUGUAUAAGAGAGUGUUGACACUAGAGGAUUUAAUCUGCUACAGCUUUCAAGUAGCCAAAGGCAUGGAGUUUUUAGCUUCAAGAAAAUGUAUUCACCGUGAUUUGGCGGCACGGAACAUCCUAUUGUCCGAAAACAACGUUGUUAAGAUAUGCGAUUUCGGACUAGCCAGAGACGUGUAUAAGGACCCAGACUACGUCCGUAAAGGAGAUGCCAGACUUCCUCUUAAGUGGAUGGCACCAGAGGCCAUAUUUGACAAGAUCUAUACUACACAGAGUGAUGUUUGGUCCUUUGGUGUGCUAAUGUGGGAGAUCUUCUCUCUGGGUGCCUCUCCUUAUCCCGGUGUACAAAUUGAUGAGGAAUUCUGCUGCCGCUUGAAAGAAGGCACCAGAAUGCGAGCACCUGAGUAUGCUUCCUCUGAAAUAUAUCAGACCAUGUUGGACUGCUGGCAUGGAGAAGCACAACAGAGGCCCACGUUUACAGAGCUAGUGGAGAGACUAGGAGACCUGCUUCAGGCGAGUGUACAGCAGGAGGGAAAACAUUACAUUCCUAUCAACACAGCACUACUGACAAAAGCAGAACCGUCAAAUUCAGACCCUACAGAGGAAACUUCCUUGAGACCUGUCUCUCUCAGAAACUCAGGAACCUCGUGGAACAUCAAGGUCCGUCCAGGCAGCAUCAGAACCUUUGAUGAUGUAACAAUGGAGAGUGGAACAAAUGAUAUGCAUGAGGGAGAGCAUUCGGACAGCGGCAUGGGUCUGUCUUCUGAUGAUCUGAAGAAGCUGAAGCAUUUGGAUUCCUUGGUUCAACCCUUAAGUAUCAUGGCCCUGGCGAUGAAGACUAAGAGUAAGGAGUCUGUUUUGUCAGAGGGGGUGAUGGAGAAAUACCCACUACCAGUCCCUUCACUAGACUUUAGUCUGGAAGAUUCCUCUCUAGAUCCAGAGCUGGAGUGCCAUAGCCCUCCACCAGACUACAAUUAUGUUGUCCGCUAUUCCACACCACCUGUCUGAGUUUCCCGCUGUUACCCGUGUGCCAUCUGGACCUCAUAAUCAAGUCCUGGACUGUUACACUUACUACUUAAUCUUUUCUUACUUUUAUGAAUCUUUUUUACCGAGAUUUUGUUAAUUAAUUCUGUUCCCUUGUUAACAUGUAUAUUGGUCAGUAUAAUUCCAGCACUUCUACCUUAGUGUGUGUUGUCUCCUAAAAGCUGUUGAAACACAUUACAACAUCACUGUGAUACACACAUAUAGAUCACCUCAGGUAUUUCUGUUAUCUACUGUGAACACAAAAAGCACACCAUAUUACAACUUGUAGCAUAGAUUUCUUUCAUCAAGUCACAAAUUCCAGCAAAAUCAAAAUCGGAUUUUAAAGGGAGAAAACAGCUUCUUUAGUACUUUACUAAUUUGAAUAGUUUAACGAAAAGAAACUGGAAAGGAUCUAAUUUUACAUUUUUACAUAGACAUUUGUCAGCUCUUUCUUUUAAAGAUUACUUUGAGGGGAAUUUUUUUUAUCAGUGGAUACAGACAAGUGUGUUACACUUGUACAGACAAGAGUGUUAUUAACUCAUUAGAUUAUUAAGAGUUAAUAUUUUGUUGAAUAAUUUCUUGUAGAUGAUUUUCCUUUAUAGUUUCUGCCAUUCAAUAUAGAUCAUAACUGUAUGUAAAUUUAUUCAGAUGUCACAGUUUUGUAUGCACAUUAUUUUUUAUUAUGAGAAUCCACAUAAUGCUCUCACUGUUAUACCCUAUUUAUACUGUUGCAUAAAAUUUUUCUGAUUGAUUAGAUUGCAAGUAUUAAUAACCAGCAUUAAUAUUUUCCAUUUAUUUGAUUGUGCAAAACAAAAUCAUUCAUGUUGGGAGGAUAUGUGGUCUGAUCUCUGUAAGACACUGUGUUUACUGCAUGUACUUUAUUGACCUCAAUAUGAAUGGUUUUAGGUGAAAUUUACUGAAUCCAGUUAUACUCACCAUGCGCUACAUCCCAAUAAAAUUUUUAAUGAAUAAAUGUUAUUGAAGAUAACAGUUUGAAGACCACUUUGAUAAAAUAAUCAAAUAGUAAUCGUGUAAAUAAUACCAUCACUUUAAAUGAAAUAUAUGUUGAAUUAUUAAACAUUAAUCCAUCACACAAAAAGACUUCUUCUGCUCUGCAUCCCUCUGAUACUUGCUCACAUUUCAAUGUCUAAUAAUGUUUCACAUUGUAUACAUUAUAAUUACAAGAAAUAUUCAAUGUCAAUAUAUUUCCAAUUAUGAACCCAUUAUAUUUUAUUGCCUAUUGAUUCAUGUUUGUGCUAUAGCCUAAUCUGACUAAAGCUUGCAGGGCAGGCUAAAAGAUUACUAAGUAAUAUAAUUUUUAAAAGGCUGGUCUCUACAUAUAUAUAGUUAUCAUAAAUUAUAGCAGAAGCAUAUGUGACCCUGCAGGUAAUAUCAGUAUUAACUAUUCUGUAGCAGGGGACAAGAAAUGUGUGGCCUUGUACCAAAGAUUGUUGUCAGCAAGGAGAGAACUGUUACUCCUAUUUGUUACUUGCUACUCUUUUUUUUCAUUAGUUACCAGUAUUCAUUGGUGGAUAUACCAUUUUCAAGACAAUAUCUACUAUCAAAUAAUAUUUGUAUCAUUUUUGACUGAUUUAUAUCUAUUGACAAAGUAUAUUGUAUGCAUUGAGAUUUUGUUUUCCUGCAUUAUAAAUGUAUUUUAAUCGGGCAUCAAUAAAGAUCUAUUUAUUUAUACAUAAAA